AUGUCCUCCGAUUGGAAGAAGACGGCCAAAGACAAGGCCGAAUCGGUCCUGAACCUCAUUCCGAAAGAAUGGCGUCUCGAGAAGAUCCCGUCUAUUGAGGAGCAACGCGAUGUCACAGGUUCCUACGUCCAGCAGUUCCUCUCCAGGCAAGAGAUCGAGAUCACCGAGACCGACGCUGUGGGCAUUGUCGCGCAUACGAGCAGCGGCACGUGGAAGAGCGUGGAUGUCGCGAAAGCUUUUUGCCAUCGUGCAGCCCUGGCGCACCAGUUGCUGAACUGCUUGCACGAGAUCUUCUUCGACCAGGCGAUCAAGGAUGCGGAAGAGCUGGAUCAGUACUAUGCGAAGCACAAGAAGCCCAUAGGGCCACUGCAUGGCUUGCCAGUCAGUCUGAAGGAUCAGUUCCAUGUCAAGGGCGUCGAGACUCAUAUGGGCUACGUGGGCUGGAUAGGCACUUUCCAAGGUAAGAAAGGGACAGGCAAAGAGAAGAAGUUUGAGAGUGAGAUGGUCAAAGAGCUGAGGCAGCUUGGGGCCAUCCUAUACGUCAAGACGAGUGUACCUCAUACCCUGAUGGCUGGCGAGACCGUCAACAAUAUCAUUGGAUAUACCAGAGGACCCAAAAACCGCAACUUGUCCUGUGGUGGAAGUUCUGGUGGAGAGGGUGCGUUGAUUGGGAUAAGAGGGAGUCCGGUUGGCUUUGGAACUGACAUCGGAGGGUCAAUUCGUAUCCCUGCUGCUUUCAACGGCCUCUUCGGAAUCAGACCUAGCUCCGGACGAAUGCCUUACGAAGGCAUGGCGAACAGUAUGGAUGGCCAGAAUAGUGUGCUCUCCGUGGUUGGACCUUUGGCGACAUCUCCCGACGGCUUGAAACUGGUUAUGCAGGCUCUAUUAAUGACCAAGCCAUGGCUGCACGACCCACUUGUGCAUGAGAUUCCCUGGCGGACAGAUGCGGAACUCGCUGUCUCUGACCCAGUCAGACGCUUCUCCAAGCCUUUGACCUUUGGUGUCCUCCGAAAUGAUGGAUCGUGUACACCUCAUCCACCCGUAGCUCGAGCAGUCGAGAAGGUGGUGCAAGUUCUGACUGAAAAGGGCCACACCAUGAUCGACUGGAAGCCAACACCAUCUCACGCAAAAGUGUGCGAGGUAUGCUACAAAUGCUGGGACUUCGACGGCGGCGCAGAUCUGAGAGACAGCUUCGCAUUAUCGGGGGAGGAUCAAGCGCCGCAAGCAAUGGUCACCGAUAAUGCUCAAGCGAAUGCUUCGGAUAUCAUGGCUGCCAAUAUCGAGAAGCGCGAGGUGCAGAAGGAUUAUAUGGAGUACUGGAACUCGACCUCCGACUUGACGGGUACUGGCGAGCCUGUCGACGCUGUUAUUGCUCCUUUGGCUCCCUUCGCGGCGGCGAGGGAGAACGGCUAUACGUAUUACGGUUACAGCGUCUGGGUGAACUUGUUGGAUUAUACUUCUGUUGUGCUGCCGGUCACCAAUGUCGAUAAGAAUGUCGAUAAAAAGUACAGCGACUUCAACGCGAUUAAUGAGACGGAUCAGAAGACUCAAGACACUUAUGAUCCAGAUGUCUACGAUGGCGCGCAUGUCAGCAUCCAACUGGUUGGCCGACGGCUACAGGAAGAGAAGAUGAUUGCUUUGGCGAAAUACGUUGAAGAGGCUCUGAAAGCUUGA